AACUAACAUUGCACUAAAGAUCCCCACCUGUUUCAGAUGGUGUUGAUUAGUACCGUGGUCGGGUUCGGUUUGGUCCUCGUGGAGUUGCUGAGUCAUGGCUACACUAACGCGCAGGUGGCUUGUAUUCUGGCACUGUUGGUGGCUCUCGCGAACUGCCUUGCUCCGGUAUCGACAGCCCUCGGGUACUACUACAGCGGGAGAACUCUCACCUUCUUCGGUGUCCUCCUGGUGGCGGUCGGCCUCCUGCUCUGCUCCAUCGCCAGCAGCAUCGUGUGGCAGUGCUUGUGCUACGGCGUCGUUGGAGGCAUAGGCCUAUCGCUCGCCCUCCCUCACGGCUUCAUGACCGGCCAGCGAUACUUCUCGGGCAGGCGGGUGCAAGCCAACGCACUCUCCAUGGUAGGCGGUUCUCUCGGGUUCAUGGUGAUGCCCCCCCUCCUCGGCUACCUGCUGGAGGAGUUCACGCCCCGCGGAGGAUACAUCAUCUGGGCGGGAGUGGUCCUGCAUGGGGCUCUGGGCGCUGUCCUUCUCCAUCCAGUGGAGUGGCACUUAAAAUCCACCAAGAAGGAGGAGCAGGACGAGGGCGGCGCGCAGAGGAACGGCGCCGCCAGCCAGGUGCGGAGCGACGUCUCGGGGAGCAAGAGGGCAAGCAAGAGGGACGAGAUGAGCGAGUACGACGGCUUCGAGGACAACAAGCAGCUGACCCCCGAGGACGACGACAGUGAGGAGAGCGACGAGGAGGACCCGUCCACUCUGCCGGGCCUGAGGAUGUACCAGGACCGGCUGCCGUACGUGUGCGCAGGCCGCGGGAUGGGCCUGGCCUCGGACCGGCCGUGGAAGAACCCGCUGACGGACACGCUGCAGACCAACGAGUACCUGGAGCGGCCCAGGACCGUCAGCAUCGAGCGCAGCAUGGAGAUCCUGCCGCAGAUCCCCGAGGAGGCUGAGGAGGACGACAUUUUCGAGAGCUUCGACCAGGAGACCGGGAACGAGAGGAUCGAGUUCCUCAACAAGGAGAACGACCACAGACAUAGGCCGGUGAGCUUCGUCAGUACAAAGAGCGCCGACUCCUUCGCGUCUGUUCCUGCCUGUGAGAGUAUGUUUAGGUCUAGUGACAUUUUUAACCUAUUCGGUAGUGCCUUAUCAGCAAAGACUGAAAAGCUCAAAGACAGAGCGCAAGAAGAAGCCAGUAAAACCUUAUGCCACACCAUCGCCAACCCUUACAAAUCACGUAAACAGCCGCUGAAACCCCGCGUCUGCUGUGGGAUGAGGCUGCCCCGGUGCCACGAGGUGCUCCCCUUCCACAUCCUCAGACACCCCUUGUUCGUCGUGGCCGCGCUCAGCAACGUCAUCAACAGAAUAGCGUGGGUUAUCUACAUUGCCUUCCUGCCGGCGUUGGCGGUCAGUCACGAGUUGGUUUACGAGGCGCCCUUCCUCCUCUCCAUCUUCGCCGCCUCCGAGCUGCUGGCCAAGCUCCUGAUGGCGGGUGUUGGUGACCGAGGAUGGAUGGAGAGGCGCUACUAUCACAUUUUGGCCAAUUUCAACGGUGCUCUCGCGGCCGUAGCUGUGACACUGGCCUGGGACUUCAGGAGCAUCAGCCUGUGCGUCGGGUGGUUUGGCUUCAGCAUGGGCAUCAUCAUAGCACUGGCCCAGGUUCUUCUAGCGGAGAAUCUGAGUUCCUCUCAUCUCUCUCAGACACACGGAAUCAUGCUGUUCCUCACUGGCAUCUCAGGACUGGUUGUUUUACCUUUUGCUGGUUGGAUGAGUGAUAUUGUUGGCAGCUACAUGAUUGUGUAUUAUGUAAUCUGUGGCCUAUCUUUUGUGCCAUGUCUGCUGUGGGGUCUCGUGCCUUGCAUAGCUCACCACCAAGGACAGGAUUUGAAAACACCCACAGACCUUGUUUGAGAUGCAAGGUGACCCUGAGUUUUUUUAAGAAGCAAGGUGACCCUGACUUUUUUAAGAAGUAAGGUGACCCCUGACCUUGCUUAAGAGGCAGAGUGACUCUGACCUUGUGUAAGGCAGCAAGAUAUAUAAGAGGCAAGAUAACAUAUCAUCAUUAAGUCUCCAAAAAUGGUUUUAUAUUUGAAACAGAAAAAUAUAUUGAAUACCUAUAAUCACAAGUGAUAUAGAUUAUGCAGAUAUUUUUCAGAAUAUUACCAAGUACAUUUUGAAUACUGCACUUUCAUUUUCAUUUUUUGUGGAUGAGAUAUUAGUUAAUGUUGAUUAUAGUGCAGUUACAAACUUAUUUUUUUUUUUACUGAAUGUGAAUGAUGAAAGGGUAUAUGAUAUAACGGUAUCAUGAUCUUUUACUAUGUUGGAACUGUAUAAUGAGCUUUAACUUUUAUAUUUUAUUGCAAAUCUGUUGUAUCUUUCUUUUGCAAGUUGUAUGCACCUAAUGGUGAGAUAGAGAGAGGUUAUGAAUUUAAAAACUGGAACAAGCAGGUAUGUUAUGAUUGGAGGAUCCUCUCCGUCUCUUAUAAGCAGUUUCAUAGUUCCAAGCAAAUGAUUGACAUAAAGAAGUGUAAUGCAAAAAUGUUGGUAUUUCUAGAUUAGGAAAAAUAGACAAUUUGAUUUACAUUAGAAUGCUUUGACAUGUUAUCGCAAUUCAGUUCUCAAGACAAAUCAUUGUACCAAAGAUGUGAUUUAUACAUUUAUUGAAUAGUUUAUUUUAUACUUUUAUAUAUACAUAUAUAUAUAUAAAGGACUACUCCCAUAUCAAAUUGGUAAUAUAGAGUUAAAAGAUAAUGGUAUUUGAUUAAGAAGAAAACUUUAAUAUGUGAAUGUUUAAUAUUCCAUAUAUAACAAGAUUGUGUAUGUAUGAUUUUAAUUUAACUCAAAUAUCUAAUCUGUACAAUAAACAUUUUUCAAAAACACUAGGGAUAUGUUAGCUACAUACAGUCCUUCAAGAAUCUGAGGUAAGGUACGAUUUUUAUGUAACAAUAGUCCCAAUUAUGCUGCUUCUCUGUUAUAAAGAAAAAAAUUAUAAUGAUGAAUGAAAUGUGAUGUUUCUAUAGCUGCUAUUUACAUUUUUAAACAAAUCUGUACUGUAUUCAUUUAUUUCUGUCAGUGGAAAGCUUUAAAAUGACACAUGAUUUUUGCUGCUGUUUUUGCUAUGUAAUGAUUUUGAUCUUUCAUUAAUAUGAAAUAUACUCUCUGACAAUUUUCAAAUUAUUUUUUUCUGUGAUAUGUUGGGGCAUUAAGCCAAUGUAUACUGUACAGGGUAUAUAUGUAUAUAUUUUAAUGCCUGUAUUUGAAUGGAAUGCAUUGCUACACAGUCAUUUUAUGGACAGUACUCUUAUGUUACUGUUCAUUGGCUUUCACAGGGAAUCUGUGCUGAUCUCACGUGGAACAAGUGAAGUUUACAUUGUUCAGAUUCUGGUCAUUGAAUGCAAGGUUUAUAUAGGAGUGACAUGGUGAAAAUCUAACUGAAAGGUCUAAUAGAUGAUUCUUGCUUUGCUGAGGUAUUUCCAUAGAUGUCAUCAGUUAUGUUUCAUUGGCUUUGUAAAUGUUACUCAUAAUCAUGUCAUUUAUAUUUUAUCUUUUGUCAUAGACCAAAGAAUACAUUUAUGAGUCUACACUUUUUUCCUUUUCUCAUCCAUGUUAUAUUUUCAUAUUUCCACUGGCUAUAUGUCUAUCUAGUUUGACAUAAAGAAGUAUCAGAUUGUC